AUGAAAUUAAUUAAGAAGAAAGACAUUUUUCAGAACAUUAACACAGAAUAUGAUAUUUCUGCUUAAGUCUAAAGAAAAUUACUAAACGGAAAUGCAUAAUUCAUUAUUGAUUUGGCCAUUAACUUAGAACUAAAUUCAUAUUCAACAGUAUCCUUAGCAAUUCAUUUAUGUAAUUAUUUCUUUCAUCAUAAAUGCUACUUACAAUAUGAUAGAUUUGUAAAAUUAUAUAUUUACAAUAGAUUGUUGCAGCUGCAUCUCUCUUAUUAGCUUAAAAAAUUAAAGAUGGUGAUCCAAGAAUGAGAAAAUUGUUAAUCAGUUUUCACAAAAUUAUGUAAUCAAUUGAACAAACAAGAAUGGCAAAUGAGGCUUUAAUGUAAUCAUUAUAGAACAAACUCUGUAUAGCUGAAAGCAGAAUUUUAAAGGUAAUUGAAUAUGAAUUUGAUAUCAAAUUACCAAAUGAUUACAUUGAAGUAAUAUGUAAAAAAUGUGUACCCAAAAAAUUUGAAGAAGCCACUUUUCAUACUCUCAAAAUAUUGAUUCUGGAUUCCUAUAGAACUUAUGCACCCUUAAUGUUUCAUUCAUGGGUGAUUUUGGUAGGCACAUUUUUAGUAGCAUCUUCUUAAUUUUCAUAUACUCCAUACAUGUCACCACCUCCUUAAUUGAAUAUGCCACCAGUUACUAAUGAAGAGGAGGCAUAUAAAAUAUGGCUUGAACAUGUUGAAAGUGAAUUAAGAGACUUUGAAAUUAAUAAACUCAAUAAUACAAAUUCAAAAUAGACAGAAAAGACCACAAUUUUAAAAUAAGAAGAUUUGAAAGACUUUCUCCUUGCCUUUAAUGAAAUGUUAUUCUUAAAUUAGAGUCCAGAAUAAUAACAAUAAUAACUUUAAUCCUAGCAAACAUAAUAAUAAUCAUGAG